AUGCGGAUUCGCCUACAGCCUCGCAAGGGACCACAAGGUAAGCGACCCCCAGAUAGUCUGAAUAUUGCCUUGUUGUCUUUGCCUGCUCACCAUCUUCAUUUCAGCAACGAGCUACCUCAACGGCUAGACAAUCUAUCAGGUGCUGCUGCCGCCACCGCCGCCGCUGACGAGAAUGCCUCCCUGGAGAAUCGAUGGCGUCAACUGCGGGACACAGUCCAGUCGACGGCGCCGGCCGUACUCGGUCGUGCACGUCGCCAACACCAGGACCGGUUGGACGACAACGACGCCGUCACCAGUAACCUACUCGCCGAGAAGAACCGCCUGCACAAAGCCUACGACAAAAGCCCCACCGACAGAGUUGCUUUUUGCCGAAGUCGUCGCCUUGUACAACAGCGGCUGCGCGAGAUGCAGGACGCCUGGACGACUCGCAAAGACGAAAUGAUUCAAGGCUACGCGUACUGCAGCCAUUGGAAAAACUCCUUCUCCGCGAUCAAAGCUGCCUAUGGUCCGCCAACCAAAGGUACUGCUACUCCCCUCAUCGCCGACGGCAGUAGCCUCCCCACUGAGAAGACCCAAAUUCUACAGCGAUGGGCCGAACACUUCAGAGGAGUUCUCAACUGUCCUUACACCAUCUCCGACGCCGCCAUCGCCUGUUUACCGCAAGUGGAGACCAACAUCGACAUUCACCGCCCGCCCUCUCUCGGCGAAACCAUCAGGGCCGUGAUGCAGCCCUCCAGUGGGAAGGCGCCCCGAUCGGGCGCGAUUUCCGCUGAGAUCUACAAACACGGCGACCAUCAACUCAUGGAUCAUCUGAGGACGCCCUUCCAGGGGAUGUGGUAUCAAGGAGAACUCCCUCAGGAUUUUAAAGACGCCAAAGUUGUGCAUUUAUAA